GCCCGCAUAGACGCCGCGGCCGGGUGCGCGGAGCCGCUCGCUCCGGGCUCUAGGGGGAGACAGGGCGAGCCGCCCGCCCGCCGCGGGGAGAGCGCGGACACCCCGCGGCCCCGGCCAUGGACAGCGAUGAGGACACGCUGGAGGAGACCGUGGAAGGGCUUCUGGAUGAUGAUGGGUUGCCACAUGGGUUCUGUACAGUCACCUAUUCGUCCACAGACAGAUUUGAGGGAAACUUCGUGCAUGGAGAAAAGAAUGGCCGUGGCAAGUUCUUCUUUUUUGAUGGAAGCACGCUGGAAGGGUAUUAUGUCGAUGAUGCUCUCCAAGGCCAGGGACUCUACACAUACGAGGAUGGAGGGGUUCUUCAUGGCACACAUGUGGAUGGAGAACUUAAUGGACCUGCCCAGGAAUAUGACAUUGAUGGACGACUGAUAUUCAAAGGGCAGUACAAAGAUAAUAUUCGACAUAGCGUGUGUUGGAUAUAUUACCCGGAUGGAGGCAGCCUUGUAGGAGAAGUGAAUGAAGAAGGGGAGAUGACAGGGGAAAAAAUAGCCUAUGUGUAUCCUGAUGAGAAGACCGCAUAUUAUGGAAGGUUCAUAGAUGGAGAAAUGAUAGAAGCAAAACUGGCAACUCUUACAUCUGUAGAGGAGGGAAAGCCACACUUUGAACUGGUACCAGGCAGCCCAGUAUACAGUUUUGAUAAAUCUACUUCAUCUUGCAUUUCUACAAAUGCACUUCUUCCUGAUCCUUACGAGUCAGAGAGGGUAUAUGUUGAUGUAUCUCUCAUUUCCAAUGCUGGCGAAGGAUUAUUUUCUAAAAUAGCAGCAGGAUCGCGCACGGUUAUGUCCUUUUACAAUGGAGUGCGAAUUACACACCAGGAGGUGGACAGCAGAGACUGGGCCCUCAAUGAAAACACAAUAGCCCUGGAUGAUGAAACAGUCAUAGAUGUGCCGGAGCCUUACAACCAUGCCACCAAGUAUUGUGCCUCGCUGGGGCAUAAGGCCAACCACUCCUUCACUCCUAAUUGCAUCUAUGACCCGUUUGUUCAUCCUCGUUUUGGGCCAGUCAAGUGUAUACGCACCAUCAGGGCUGUGGAGAAGGAUGAAGAACUAACAGUGGCUUAUGGAUAUGAUCACAAUCCCAUCGGGCAGAAUGGGCCAGAAGCACCAGAAUGGUACCAGGUGGAACUGAAAGCCUUCCAGGCUGCCCAGCAGAAGUGAAAUGCAGGCAAAUGCUCAGUUCAGCAAACUGAAAUAGAAACUUUGAUCUAUGCACUACCUUUAUACUAAAAACUGGACAACCAGGGAUUUGUUCAUGCUGUUGCAUCAUAACCUUUCAUUCAGUGUUAGAAAUAAGUUUCUUGCAUACUAACUAGGUUUGACUGCGUUAUUCAUAGCAGAUUUAAAAUUAGCUAGUGUUGCACCAGUCUUAUCUGAAAGAAUUAUUAAAUAUUCUAUACAAGGCAGAGUGAUAUUUUUAGUAGCUUUUAUCUAAUUCUGCACCAUAUGCAAAGAUGCCAAAAGAUUAGACAGAAAAUGAAAAGAUCAUUCACUUUUAGUCAGCAGACUUCAGUGUUACUAUUUCUACGGCCUAGGCAUUACUGUGCAGCUGCAUUUUACAUACAUGCCAUUUGUGAUGAUGAUAUUUUGAUAUUCUCUAAUAGUAGUGUAAUUUGCCUUUUUAAACCUUUGAUCUUAAUCUUGCAAUAGAGCAGUUUAUUUAUUGGUGUAUAGGAGGCUGGGUUUUUAAUUCCUUCGUCCUCUUAUCUGAGUGUUGUUCUUUCUACAAAUCCUCUCUUGCAGGAGAAAAUCUUUCUAACAAGUGAAAAAGGUUUGUGUACUUGAGAGAGAGUGCCAUGUAUAGAUCUCUGUGGCAUUUUAUAUAAAUAGUUUUAGUGAUGUUCAUGUCCAAAACAAAAACUUGUUUGGCCUUUGGGGCUGGGAUACACUGUUUAAUUAUGAUUAUCGCACAUGAAUUAACAUGUAUUUGCAUGAAGAUGUUCAUAGAGGAGAAAGUGGGGUUUAACUUUAUUAUUUUUAAGAUUGACGUUGAGGAACGGGUGCUGGAAUUGUUUGUUUUGUAUAGUGAGGGUGCUGAGAGCCAUCGAACCAAACUAAACCAUCUAUAUGACGGAAACCACUUCAAGCCAGGGGGUGCAGGAGACCCCCAGCACCCUUACUUCCAGCACCUAUGUUCGGGGGGGGGGAGCGUUGGAUGGUGUCUGGGGGAUUUCUUUCAGUCUCACUUACCAGAGCUACUAAUUCUUAAGGCUGAAUUCUGCCUUUGAAAGCAUAUUUCUCUUUUGAAGUCAGUAAAAGUGUAUGCAACUGCAGGCAGAAGGUAGUCCUGGAUUAGUAUAGAGCAGGGGUGGGCAAACUUUUUGGCCUGAGGGCCGCAUCGGGUUUCAGAAAUUGUAUGGAGGGCCGGUUAGGGGAGGCUGUGCCUCCCCAAACAGCCAGGCGUGGCCCGGCCCCUGCCCCUUAUCUGACCCUGCCCCUGCUUCUUGUCCCGUGACCACCCCCCGAUCCCCUGCCCCUAACUGCCCCCUGCAACCCCAUCCAGCCCCCUUCUCCUUCCUGACUGCCCCUCAGGACCCGUUCCCAAUCCAACUACCUCUUCUCCCUGACAACCCCUGGAACCUCCGCCCCCAUUAAACCCCCCCAUUCCCCGCCCUCUGACUGCCCCCACCCCUAUCCACACCCCCGGCCCUGACCACCCCACAAACUCCCCUGCCCUCUAUCCAACCCCCCUCCCCCACUCACUACCCCCUUACUGCGCUGCCUGGAGCACCGGUGGCUGGCGGCGUGGCUGCACCAGGCCAGCCACGCACCGUGCAGCACAGAGCACCGGGUCAGGCCAGACUCUGCAGCUGCACUACCCCAGGAGCUUGCAGCCCCACCGCCCAGAGCAUUGCGGCGGCGGUACAGUGAGCUGAGGCUGCGGGGGAGGGGUUAGGGGCUAGCCUUCCCGGCCAGGAGCUCAGGGAUUGGGCAGAACGGUCCCACGGGCCAUAGUUUGCCCACCUCUGGUAUAGAGGGUCACAGUCUCCACUAGUGUAACAUCUGCAGAGAAUAUGGCCCAUACUGGUCUUGUUGAUUUUGAGGCAUAGUGAAUGAGUUUAGUCAUAGGUGACAUAGUAAGAUUCAAAUAGCAACUGCAAAAGGGGUUAUACUGAAAGACUGAAACAAUGAAUGUAAAAACAUCAGUCGCUAUUGUUGAGACAUUUAGAAAAUGUCAACUUGUCUCGUUUAUAGAUCUGCUUCAGCAGAUAGCAGGGGCCCCUGAACAUUCAUCUGGAAAUUAACAAGUCAUUCCUAAUGUUGUAGAAGAGAUUAAUAAAACCACCAUUUCAGUUUAGAUAAUCCCGGCCUUCUUGGGGGGGUCCACAAUCCUGAUGACCUUUUUGUUUGGGGGAUUUAAGUAGUUCAGGCACAGUUAAAAUGCAUUUGCAAUACGCUUCCUUUACAUGGGUAGAGAAUUUUUGUGUGUGAGACAUACAAAAAUUUUAGGGAAAAUUAGAACUAAAUUUCUACAACAGCAGUAGCAUCUUUGAUCUAUUGCUUUAAGAGAUGAAAGCUACCCAUCCAGUUUUCUUGGAUCUGAAAACUAGUAUGAAUGCAGGUUUCCAAUUCAAAUAGGGAAAGAUAUCUGACAGUAUAGGUACUAGAUGUUUUUAGACAAUGCAUUGGAUGGACCAAAGACACAGGAGAAUGGUGUUGCUAUUUUAUGCUCUGUGAGGAUCUUCAAAGUUUAUGCUCUGUGGUGUACAUACAAAGUUAGGGAAUUUAAGUAAGGCCCUCUUUAAUUUGGGGCUCUGUUUAUUUAGCUCAUACAAUUGUUGAUCACAAAGCCUUUUCAGGACUUUGGCAUUUAGGCUUGCACAGAAGCUAAUCUUCAGUGGGUGGGUCUAUGCCCUGGGUUCCAGGGCACUCUCCCAGCAAAGAUCAGAAUGCAGGCUUUUCCAACACCCCCUCACUCUGGAGACUGUAGCCACAUCGCUGUUUCUUCAUCUAUGGCAGGUGGUCUACAUAGAUGAUAUUUUGGUGACUCAGCUUGGGUAUUCUGAGAGACCAAACUGAUCCUCACACAUAGCAGAGAGUUGUCAAAGGCUGAUUGACAAUACCACUUCAGCAGAUGACCCUCAAAAGGAAAUAUGAAUGUUAGAACUAUUCCUGCCUCCACAUAGAUCAACAUUUUAAGAGCAUCACCGCAGAUCAAUAUUUUAAGAGCAUCACAAUGUUGAGACGUAAUUACUGCUUUAUUAGAGGCAUGUCUUCCUCUAAACUGUUGGAAGGGUAUAGAAAAUUAGGGUUGUGUUUCAAUGGGAAACAAAAAUGGUCUGAAUGAACUCUGCUAUGAAUGAAUAGCAAACGGAAUUGACUUGCUCUAGGUAAUUGUCCAUAGGGAGGUUGCUUAUGUUUCCAUGUCACUUGGAAAAUCUUGCAUAAGGUAUUCUGUCUACUACAGUCCUCUUGCUUCACUUUGAUCCCUGCUUCUGCUGUUUCCCAUGAACUUUGUUCAUGGAGGUGAUCUGUUUUGUUUUUUAAGGCAAACAUUAGACAAAUGUUUUCUGCUAGUUACAGACUUGAUUAUUGUAGUGGAAAAAAUAGAGAAUUAAGCCCUCAGAUUGCCAAAAUAAUGGUCUUAAUUGUUUGUUUGUUCUAAAGCCAUUCAUUUUGGUGUUGGGCAAGCAGAUUAUCAAGUACUGAUUUGAGGAUGUUGAAGUCUGAGGAUAUGCCAUAAUCAUGAUAAGCAAAAGCCUAAUCUCUCUCUCCACCUUGUUAUACUACUUCUCCCUGCUCCAUUAGACUCUGUUGAUCCUUCUGCUGGUUCUUCCCCAAUUACACAUCUUAUAACAUCAGCAUCAUGAGUCGGGUCUGAUUCUUUUUCAUUUCUCCUGUGGGCUCUCAGGGACUGGAAAUUGCUGAUGUGAAUAUCGAUUUCUUUUAAAGGGACACCAAUUUUGGCUUGAAAUGCACUCUGAUAUAUUCAUUUGUUUCAAUGGCCUUGUUGGCUCAGUAACUUUUGAUUGUUCAGAAUUAUAAGGGUAGCCUCCAGUUUAAUUUAUUAAUCCAUUCUAGACCUUGCAGAUAAACUUUUGGAAGCCUUCAGGUAAAAUAUCUUUGUGAAAUGAGUUGAGAGUAGUGGCACUUAAGAGACCUAUACCAGACCAUUUCUCUCUCUGGUUCUAGGCAAGUAGUCUUUAUCCACAGGAGAUUGGAUACAUUUACUGUGUUGCUAAAUAUGUAAUUAAACCAAAAUCUAAAUAGAAUUAGAUUCACAUGAGGGCAGCAAACUCUUGUGCUCUGAGCCUGGCAAAGACCUAUUAAAAGAAAUUGAAGGCAGAUGAACUACAGAUGGGGACACAUGCUGAGCAGGGAAUGCUGCUUGACUACGUGGUGUAGUAUUCUUUAUUCCUGGAGGAUGGCCCAGCAGAAUAUGUAGUCCCCUUCUAGAUGCUCAUUGUGAUUUGGAGGUGACUUAGAUUUCAACCUCCUUGUUUGUAUCAGGGUCUGCAAAAUCUUCCCACAAAUAAGACACUGUAAUAAGGCGAUUGCCCCAGCGCCGCCUUAUGAAGGAGCAGCACAUAAAGCAGUUUGCAAAUCAGUCCUCAGCCUAAAUACUAUGGUGACUUGUGCCCUAGGUUGCCUUUGUCUUUCUGUCAGGUAAUCUGGCUAGGACUAAGCACUGCCAAGACAGCAGCUUGUCAUUGUAAUCAGGAACCCAAUAGUUUGUGGAGAGCUAGCAUCAAGUCUCUUAAGAAACUAGAGAAAUGGAGGAACUUGAGAUUGCUGAAAGACCUAGUAAUUGUAGAAGAGCCAAAGCAGCAUAAAAAGAAGGGCUCUGAACUGUAAUGUUAGCUGCUGGGUGUCUUUUGUGGACAUCAGGAACAGGGAAGUGGGAUUAGGCUGUUUUCUUAGUCAUUCUCAACACACUGUGCCUUUUAAGGAUUCUAAGGGGUUUCCAGGAGAUUCUGAUGCCAUAAUUUGGCCACCUUACAUUCCUGUAUCUGUUGAACCUCCCUCUAGUUUUGGCCAUUUUAACUACAGAUCUGAAGAGGGUGUCACACUGACCUUUGCUCAAGUUAAGAGGAAUUAAUCCACAAAAGUCAACCUGACAAAUCUGAGCUGGGAUAAUUUUGGAAAAUCAAAAUCGUGUUGGAGCUCGCCUUUAGUCAACCUGAGUGGAAAGUGGAAUGGGUUAGAAAGACUUGACUACAUGAAUUCUCUACUUCAUUCUGCCUUUCUGCAGUUCUGACAUACUUUUAAGUGCUCAUUGGUGAAACAGACAGUCAAAAGAUCAUCUGGGACCUUGCUUUGAUGAUGAUCUCCACCUCUGUGAUGAUGUGUGGUGUGAGAGCCUAGACAUUUAUGGAGUGAAUAGAGCUUUAAGCCUUAAAAGGCUAAAAUUAAAGGGGAGACUAUCGUUACACAAUCCCAAACAAGGGAUCAGAGCUGCAAUAAUGUUGCUGUGUUCAAGAGGAACAAGAGAACUCAGCAGGGCUGCGAGGGGGAUCCACAACCACCACCAUGUGCUUCAGGCACAAAACAGCCAGUGCACUUAGUUUGCUUCUAGCUACUGCUUGAUCUCCAUGUAGUGAUAGAUGUAGCCCAUCUGCUUCCCUUUUCCAUUGGCUUUGGACCCUAUUGAUUCAUACUGUGUGGUCCCAUUUACCCUGCUGCUGUUUGUGGGUGUCACUUAUAUUGCAGUAGAACCUGAAGAUGCCAAUCAGGAUUGCAGCCCCAUUGCACUAGUGGCUGUAUUAAAACACAAGAAGGCAUUGUCUCUGCCCCGAAGAGCUUUCAAUUUUGAACACUUGACUUGACAUCUCCUUGGAGAGGACACUGAAGGUCACAUUGGUGGUGUUCAGAGGUAUGGGAUUCCCCAGAUCAGAUUCUCUGUGGCUUUUAUUUCAUCUGCACAACAGAUGUAUCCUCUGGAGGCCACCUCUGAAUUUGGUCCAAUGGUAUCAAAUAACUUUGUGUUUAACAAAAAAAAAAAUGAGCAAAGGAAAAAGCACUAUUUCCCAUUUAACUAAAACAUGGUCCUUUUUUUUUUU